CCAGAAGAAGUAAGAAACGCAACCCAUUGAUACGUACCAACAACAGUAACUGAACUAACAAAUUAAGAGUGUGUUGUAUAUGUGAAUCACUUCUGUCUUACUUCUUUCCAAGAAAUAAAUGGUAGUGGAGAACGAGCAGCUCAAAGAUUGGCAUUUGAUACACGUCAACAGUUCAGCGCAAGGGAACAAUCUCGGCUACUCAGUACCAGUGUCAAUUUACAUCAAAGCCCAGUGUUAACCCAAAGGAGAGCGCAUAGAACGGUGUGAAAAACCUGUUUGGACACCAGAACAAAAGGGAUACUAAGUGAUUUGCAAACUCGGCAGAACCAGGUUCGUUCGUUAGGCCGCAACCCGUCGUCGGUAUAUAAAGCAAUCCGUCACCAGUGAAAGUUUUCUCAGUGCCGAAUCACGACCGGAACGGACAGUACGAAGUGCGCGCGUGACUCCGCAUCGGAUUCAGGAUUCGUUCACUGGAAACCCAACUUGAAGCAGGCCCAGAACCAUCCACCCUCGUCGACAACCUUCAAGAGAGUGCGUGCGCUGGCGACGUCGAGAGAAGAAGCCCGACACAACAAUCCUCAAUCACAAUUAAUUGCUGCGCCGCGGUGAGAGGAGGUGUCCGACCAGUAGUCGCAGUACGUGUGCGGAAAAAACUUGUACCUCUGUUGAAGACUUGCAAGCGGGUUAGGCAAAACCAAACCGAGCGCGCGAGAGAAGGCUGAAGCGUGGCUCCGAAAAGUCCACUAAGUCAUAAAGUGGCGAUCCGUGGCAAACAGCUCAGUCGUUUGUGUUCCGUAUUCGCGAGAGGUUCAUCGUCGGUUUGUUUCGUUGGACUUGCGUUUUUUCUGUCUUCGGAGACUUAGUGCCGUAUCGGUUGGCGCGGACGUGUAUGCUUAAGUAAUAAACAUAGACAAUUGCUGGCGUGUGUUUUGCUUUCUAGUUUUUUUUUCGCUAAGCGCAAACAGCUGCAGAAACGAAUUACGGACAAAUACAGCUUUGUGUAAUCAAUCGAUAAAAUGUGCGGUAUUUUUGCGUACUUGAAUUAUCUGACGCCAAAGUCGAGGCGCGAAGUGUUGGACCUGCUGUUGACGGGUCUGAAGCGAUUGGAAUACCGCGGCUAUGACUCGGCCGGUGUUGCAGUGGACAGUCCGGAUCAAACGGGGAUCGUCACCUUCAAGCGCACAGGAAAGGUUAAGAUUUUGGAGGAAUCCAUCAUUGACGCAACCGAGGACGGUAGUUUUAACGAUAGUGUGGAAUCACAUGUGGGUAUCGCGCAUACUCGUUGGGCAACUCACGGUGCUCCCAGUGCUGUGAACUCGCAUCCUCAGCGGUCGGAUGAAACAAAUUCAUUUGUGGUAGUCCACAACGGUAUCGUUACCAACUACAAGGAUAUCAAGAAGUUCCUAGAGCUCCGUGGAUAUGUGUUCGAAUCUGACACGGAUACUGAGACCAUUGCUAAGCUGGUGCAUCAUCUCUACAUCCAGCAUCCGAACUACUCGUUCAGAGAACUUGUAGAGCAGGUUGUACAACAGAUUGAGGGCGCAUUCGCUUUGGCCUUCAAAUCAAAGCACUUCCCUGGGGAGUGUGUUGUAACUCGUCGAGGUUCUCCACUCUUGGUCGGUAUCAAAGCGAAAACUUGCUUGGCCACUAAUCAUGUUCCAAUCAUGUACGGUAAGGGACAUCGUCACGGAUCAACAGGAAACAUUCAGUUCGAACCAACUGCGGAUAAUACAUCGGACUUCAUCAAUCCCGGAGAGGAAGUUGAGUACUUCUUCGCGUCGGACGCUUCGGCUGUUAUUGAACAUACCAACCGUGUUAUCUACUUGGAGGAUGACGAUGUAGCUGCAGUAAAGGACGGUGCACUGUGCAUUCAUCGUUUGAAGAAGAGUUUGGACGAUCCACAUGCUCGUGAAAUAACAACACUGAAGAUGGAGAUCCAACAGAUUAUGAAGGGUAACUACCGUUACUUCAUGCAGAAGGAAAUUUUCGAACAACCUGAAUCCGUAAUUAACACAAUGCGUGGACGUGUCAAUUUCGAAUCUAUGAAGGUCACCCUGGGUGGAAUCAAGGACUAUAUACCGGAGAUUAAGCGUUGCCGGCGAUUGAUGUUGAUUGCUUGUGGAACUUCGUAUCAUAGUGCAGUGGCAACCCGUCAGUUGUUGGAAGAACUGACCGAACUUCCUGUUAUGGUAGAACUGGCGUCGGACUUCUUGGAUCGUAACACACCAAUCUACCGUGACGAUGUUUGCUUCUUCAUCUCCCAGUCGGGAGAAACAGCUGAUACAUUGAUGGCUCUGCGAUACUGUAAACAACGCGGAGCGUUAAUCGUCGGAAUUACCAAUACAGUAGGUAGUUCAAUCUGUCGCGAAUCACACUGCGGUGUGCACGUCAAUGCUGGACCAGAAAUUGGUGUGGCUUCGACGAAGGCGUACACAUCUCAGUUUAUCUCAUUAGUUAUGUUUGCUCUAGUAAUGAGCGAAGACAGGCUAUCACUUCAGAACCGGCGAGAGGAAAUCAUCGAAGGACUUCGCCAGCUCGAUGCACACAUCAAGGAGGUACUGAAAUUAGACCAAAAGGUCCUAGAAAUUGCACAAGAUCUCUACCAGCAGAAAUCUCUGCUUAUUAUGGGCCGUGGCUACAACUUUGCAACCUGUAUGGAGGGCGCACUAAAAGUUAAAGAACUGACCUACAUGCACAGCGAGGGAAUCAUGGCUGGCGAACUGAAGCAUGGGCCAUUAGCGCUAGUCGACGACACUAUGCCAAUUGUGAUGAUCAUCAUGAGGGAUCCGGUUUACGUUAAAUGCAUCAAUGCCCUCCAACAGGUCACAGCUCGCGAAGGACGGCCCAUUAUCAUAUGCGAAGAAGGAGAUUCAGAAACCAUAUCCUUGGGAUCCAAGUCGUUGGAGAUUCCUCGAACUGUCGACUGUCUGCAAGGCAUUCUCACUGUCAUUCCAAUGCAACUACUUUCCUACCACAUCGCAGUGCUGCGAGGAUGUAACGUCGAUUGUCCCCGAAACCUGGCCAAAUCCGUUACCGUGGAGUAAGCCAUAUUCUUCAGAAAUCAACAGUCUUACACACCUACCAUGUACUUGUAGCAGUAUCAAUUUGCUUUUAUUUUUCUUAAAGAUGAAGAAAAGAAGGGUGAGUUGACCAUGUUCUCACGUUUCUAACUGCGGAGGAUUUGUUUUUGAUUUAGUAAGACAAACAUCAAAUGAUAAGUUUAGACAGAGCAGACGAGAUUGCUUAGGGAGGAAGGUGGAAUGGAAACAUCCACGUCUGCAAGGCGCAGUUUCUAUUUGAUAUGAAGCAUUCAGCAAACGGGCUUUUCCUACGUACCGAACAAGUGCAAUACCACUACCAAGAUGAAUCACACGCGGAAAGCCACUUAUCAACGGGCAAUUUCUCUCAACAGACCGUCUGCGCGGGUGUGCAACUUCCUGAGUGACGACGUAAUCAACCAUUCAACACAAACGAAGGUUUUAUCAACAGAUGAAAAAUUGAUUAUAGCAAUCGAAAAACAAUGAUAGCAAUUGACAUAAACGCGCAAAAUUAGUUGAUGUUUGUUACUUCCCGCUGUCAAUCGUGAUUUUGUAUAGGUAUUUGAUAAUCGAAUUCGAUAAAAAAAAUGUUUAUUAUUUACUCUAGAGAAGGGACAUCUCGAAUCCCGCAAAAUUGAGUCAAAUUUAUUUUUGUAACACAGCAAAAAAAAGCCAAGUUCUUUAUAUUUUACUACUGUAUGUAUGUAAUUUGAACAAUAAAGUAUUAGUGAUUAUUCCCAUUUUCAACAUAACUUA